CUCUUUAAAUCCAGCAUGGAGCAAACAGAAACAGAAAAGGAACAAAAUGCAGACAAUGCUGAGGCCUCAGCAGCUCAAGAAAAGGAUGUAUCGGAAACAGUCGCAAAGCAUUAUAAUGAACUCCAAGAGGCAGGGCUGGCCGUGCGGACACAGAGUCGGAUCUUCUAUUUACGGAACUUUAACAACUGGAUCAAGAGUGUGCUAAUAGGAGAGACGGUGAAGCAGUUAAAGAAGGAAUCAAACAAGAGAUCUCUAGUGGUGCUUGACCUGUGUUCUGGGAAAGGUGGUGAUUUACUCAAAUGGAAGAAGGCUGGAAUCUCAAAAAUCGUCUGUGCAGAUAUUGCUGGGACAUCAGUUGAACAAUGUGAAAGUCGAUAUCGAGAGAUGAUCGGCAGAAUUCAACAUGAUCGCCACUCCGGUGAGAUGUUCUCCGCUGAAUUCAUCACAGCAGACUGUACAAAGGUUCAACUCAGAGGGAAGUACAAAGAUUCUUCAAUGAAGUUUGACUUGUGCAGUUGUCAGUUUUCAUUUCAUUACUGCUUUGAGAGUCUCCCCCAGACUCGGGUGAUGUUACAGAAUGCCUGCGAGUGUCUGGCAUUGGGAGGAUACUUCAUUGGAACAACGCCCAACUCCUUAGAGAUCAUGAAAAGGCUGAGGUCCUCGGAAGACAAAUCCUUUGGCAAUGAUGUCUACAGGGUGACCUAUGAACUGGAUGACCUUGACAACGUGCCCUUGUUUUGUGCUAAAUAUAACUUUCAUCUAGAGGGGGUUGUGGACUGUCCAGAAUUCUUGGUGUACUUUCCAGUACUAGAAAAGUUGGCUGAAGACUAUGGUAUGAAACUCGUAUAUAAGAAAACAUUUGCAGAUUACUUCUCUGAAAAUGUAGAAAAGGGAGAAUACAGGAACCUUCUAAAUAAAAUGCAAGGUUUAGAGACCUAUCCGAGUGAUGACUUACUGGGCAAGGCACCAGAUGAUUAUGCUGCAACAGAAAAAAAAUAUCAGGAAAUUCUCACCUCUGAUGAUAGGCCAGAUCACGUCAAACAAAGAGUAGCCCCCAAAGUGGGAACAUUGUCAAAGUCUGAGUGGGAAGCAACGACAAUAUACUGUGUUUUUGCCUUUCAAAAAGUUCUGGACAAAGUUAGUGGGCGAUCUUGGAAACCAUUACAGCCAGAGGAGGAUACUUAGACAUGUACUCCCUGGAAACCCCCCAUAACAGACUGUGGAGGAUACUUGGACAUGUACUCACUGGAAACCCCCCAUAACAGACUGUGCCAUGUCACAGAGAUGAACAGAACAUCUGACAGACCUAAAAUAAACAUUGUCUGUGUUGUAACACCCAUAAAACAAAGCAAAUCUUCCAACCAAAGCUAGAAUCUCCUGAAAUGGGAAGGACAAGGCUUUGUCUGUUUUAAAUGUCUCUUCAUUACUCUGUACAUUUCAAUAAUGUGCCAGGUGUUGUAUUGAUUUUAUUGUUAAAAAUAUCUAUUAACAGUUCAGCUCAGUUCAUAAUGUUCAUUUUGUUCUCUUAAAAAUACAUACUGAGGUAAAAAAGAAACAUAAUAUAAACCAACAUGUGCAAGAAAGUUGCUUCAAGUUUCUUCAACUUGACAAUAUUUCCCACCACAAAUGACUUAUUUAAUUGUAUAUUUUCAUAUAAAACAGUUUCUCACUUGUAAAAAUUAAUUUGAAGAUAUCCUGAAUAAAAGUUGUUGAGAAUAA